CAACUCAAGUGAUCUGGAGUUAUUUUCGCAUGUAGGCAUUGUUUAAAUCCUAUCUAAUCCCAGUUUUGGAUGGAUGAAGUAGAAAUGGCACCAUUAUUUUGUAUCGUGUAGGCCUACUGGCAAUUUCUAUUCUCCCCUAAACUAUUCUUGUGUGUAACUAGAAUGGAGGUUAAUACCAACAAGAAAAUAAGCGUGAAGUUAAACAAGGCAAUCUAUUUUACAUUAUUCUCUUUUUAGUCCAACUAACAGGCAGAGUGAAAAUAAGUAUGACUACGUCUGAGAUAAGUAUGUUGACAGGGACAAUGACUUCUAGAUCAUUUGUGACCGAUAUUCUUUUUGCCCAAUAUGGGAAAACUUCUAGCUACAGCAUCUACAUAUGAUACUGAAGAAACUCAACGUGAUAGUUUCUUCUCUGUUCUGAAGUAAGAUUUUUCUGCUCUCCUUUUGCCAUUGACUGUGGUACACAUGAAGCAAAACAAUCUUGUGAUUUGGGAGUUUUGUCUGAGUAUUUGCAUUGUGAACCUAUGGUUUCAUUUCCAAACAUUCCCUUUUAGAUUCAGGAUGAUCUGGAACAAGGUGUUUCUGGUGCUCUGCCCAUACCUCCAUAUUAUAUAUUGGGAAAGAUUCAGUGUUUGCUUAUUUGGUUGUGAAGGUUGAAGCAAUGACUAGGAGUCUAUGACCAACAGGGAAGUCACUGUCCUAAAACAACUCCAAGUCGUGUAUGGGGAAUAUGAUUUCAAAGUUAUGAGUUGCUUGGUGUAAUAUUUGAAAAUGUACCUUAUGAGGCUGUUAAGAGGUGGAAUGCUCAGGCUUCAAGUUUCAUAUAAUUUUAUUGAUGUAAAAAUUUGUUGCGACUGUUUUUGUUAUCUCCUGCAAUAGUCCCCAUAACCAAUUAACAAAGUCGUCUCUGAAAUUUGGUCUAGCGUUCUCUCUUCUUUAUAGUCUUCUUUUGUCAUAAAACCUGCAUUGUCUCUUAUCUUUUCUUUUUCUUUUUCUUUUUCUUUUUUUUUUUUUUUGGUUGUCUUUCCUUUUACAUAUUUUUUGAUUGAUUAAUAAAUUGCUCUUGAGUGAUGUUUUUGUUUUUGUUUAAUUACCCCUUUCUUAAAGUAUUAUUCAAAAACUGCUCUGUUUUAUAAAUUAAGCAGCUUUUUUUGUUCAAAGAACAAAAUAGCUUUUGCAUAGUUAUUAAAGGUAAUGUGUUGCUCCUUGCUUGUUCAUGAUAAUCUGUGAAUGGCCCUGUCUAGACAAAUUAAAGUAUAUUUCUCUUCGACAAUUAGCAUUUGCAUAUUGUUCAUAUUUGUGGCAAUCUGCUCUGUUCAUUGUUGUUUGUUGCAUUAUUAAGUUCACACAGAUCUGGAUUUUGGUUGAACUCUGUAGGAGAAGAGCCUUGCAAAUGGGUCCUAGGUGUUAGAAACUGAUGAAAAAAAUUUAGUCUGUGUUU